AUGGCUCUCCGCGAGCACUUCCCCAAAAUCUUUGUCGGAGUGGUUGGUGCCAUCGGCGUGGCAACCUACAUGGGCACACGUCCGCCCAAGCCGGUCGGCACGCCUUCUGCCAACCCACUCAAGACGCCUGGCGUGGCCAACAUCGAGGGAGCGUAUCAGAAAGGCGGAGCUACCUCGACCCACACCAAGGCUUACGGCGGCACGACCUUGGGUCAGAAAGACGAUGUGAUGAAGGAGAAUAGUGCAACGGCGAGACCUAAGGGUAUGGAUUUCGAGGGAGCUGGUGACGAGCAGAGGCGGCAUGGAAGUGAGAAGGGCAAGCCGGGAGAAGCGUUUACUGGCAUGAAUUAUGGCACCAGUAAAGGCAAGUGA